CCCGGCCGAGGCUGGAGCGGCUAGGAGCUACUACUAUCAGGGCGGACGGUCACGUGAGGCAGCUCAGUGCUGUGGGAGGAGGCGAGAAGCUGAAGUUAGGAAGAGUCCAGUUUAACCGUCACCGGGAAGCACGCUUGAGCAAGAUCACCGAGUGCGCUGAGAUAGUGAAUUCCUAAGAAGAAAAUAAUGGAUUGCAUAUUAGUUGUUCUCUGAGUAUUUGGACUCAACAGUGUACAAGUUUAUUGCAAAGGCCAAAAGAGGAUGGCAACUCCUUAUGUCCCAGUUCCUAUGCCCAUAGGAACCUCUGCUUCCAGUUUUACAGCCAACAGAAAUCAAAGGAGUUCUUCAUUUGGCAGUAUCUCAACAAGCUCAAACUCUUCCAGAGGCCAAUUAGAAGAUUCAAAUAUGGGUAAUUGUAAACAGACAAGUGUGCCUGAUCAUAUGGAUAGUACUUCAUCUGUCUGUAACAGUCCUCUCGUUAGGACUAAAUUUACAGGUACAGAUUCAUCCAUUGAGUAUUCUACUAGACCAAGAGAAAUUGAAGAACAAAGUCAUGAAACAGUGAAUUGGGAAGAUAGACCAUCUACACCUACUAUACUGGGUUAUGAGGUAAUGGAAGAAAGAGCCAAAUUUACUGUGUAUAAAAUACUUGUAAAGAAAACCCCAGAAGAGAGUUGGGUAGUUUUCAGAAGAUACACUGACUUCUCUAGGCUUAAUGACAAACUAAAAGAGAUGUUUCCAGGCUUUCGAUUAGCACUUCCACCAAAACGCUGGUUUAAAGAUAACUAUAAUGUCGACUUUUUAGAAGAUAGACAAUUAGGAUUACAAGCAUUUCUUCAAAAUUUAGUAGCUCACAAGGACAUUGCUAACUGCCUUGCAGUGAGAGAAUUUCUUUGUCUGGAUGAUCCACCAGGUCCAUUUGAUAGCCUAGAAGAAAGCAGGGCUUUCUGUGAAACUUUAGAAGAGACUAAUUACCAUUUACAGAGGGAACUACUUGAAAAACAAAAAGAGGUGGAAUCAUUGAAGAAACUGCUCAAUGAGAAACAACUUCACAUAAAUGCUUUAGAGAGCAGAAUCAGAACAUUAUCUUUAGAAGCUGAAGAAUCACUGUAUGUAUCAGGAGUAGAAGGUGGACGGAUCCUACGAGUGGAGUCCUGUGGAGUUGAAGUUGAUCAAGAUAUCGUGGAUGAAGAAUCUAGAGCUGAUAGUAAGCCACACCUAAGCUUCUGUGAACCUGAAAAUGCCACCUCAGAGAUAGAAGUAGCAGAAUUGGCAUAUAACGCUGAAGAAGACUAAUACAAAACACAAGCAGCUCUCCAUUUCAACGUUUCAGCAAAUUUAGAAUAGAGUGGCAAAUACCAUUUAAAAAGAAAAAAAGGACUAUGAAACAUUGACGAAAAGAACAAGAAUGUAUAUAUAUAAAGUUUACAUAAAAGUUUUUUUAAGUUAUUGGGAUAGGAAAUAUAUUCAUUGCUGCUUUUAAUUGUCUUCUAUUCAGCUUUGUAUUUAAUACACUGAAAAAAUCUAGUUAGAAUUCUGUUAUCAAGGUCUACAUUCUUAAAUACUGUACAUAAAUUAUUAUGGUGUUUUGCCUGUAUAAUGCUCCAGACGUGUGUGUGUGUGUGUGUGUGUGUGUGUGUGUGUGUUUAUGUGUGUAUAAUCAACAGUUAUAUUAGUCAAAUGGAAAUUAGUUGCAUGUUACUAUCUGGGUGAUGUAUACUUCUUUGUAUCUCUGAAAUGACAUAUUUUCAUUAAUGGCUUAAAUCAGUGAACAUCACAGUAAGGGUAAAGAUGAGUUGAGUUUUAAAUGUUGACAUGUUUGCCAUUUCCAAAUAAAAAUUCCUUAUUUGAAAUGUUAAUACUAUUUAAAAGAGGAGAAUGACUUUCUAGUACCAAAGGAAAACAUUUAAAGAGCUAUAAUCAUAUAAUAGCUAACAUGACAAAAUAGCCUUGAUUUUAAAAGUGAAUUCAUUGGUAAAGAUUUUAUAAAUGUCCCAGUUUAUUGAUAUGUUAGACUAGUUUAUUUGCCACAUCAUCAUCUUAAAUCUCUAUCAGUAGAUUGAGUGAGUUUUCCUUUUUCAGAACACUACCUCUCUUUGCUAAUCAAGGUAUAUUCUUUUGAAAAUACACUACAUAUUUGAAAUUGGGAGUUGUACAAAAAAAGAAAGCAGAAAGCCAUAGACACUGCAGAUUUCCUAAAUGGCUUGAACCCAUGGCAUUGUGGUUUUAUUUCUGUGUCUGUGAAGGUGUUGUUACGCUGUGUUAUGGCUGAUUUUCUUUUUAAUGUAUUUAGCCAAGUGAUGCACUUUAUGAAAAUUAAACUCAUUUGUGCCAAGUUUAAUUGUAACUUAAAUUUCUUUAGUAAGUGGAGUUAGCAGAAUUAUGUAGUGCCUUCAUAUUACAAAAAUCUCUAGGUUUUGUGAGUCAGCCUUUUGAAAAAUGUUUAUGCUUAUUUCAGCUUUGUGUACAGUUAUUUAAAAUGUCUUGUUUCAUUGUUAUAGUCUGAAGUUAGUCAUUUAUUUUUGUUUCUACUGGUUUGCAUGUUGCUGUUAAUAUGCAUUGUAAUCAUGCUAGCAUUUUGAAAUCUCAGUUGUUAUGUGGAACUUCAUAAGCUUUCUCAAACCAGAGACAUUUGCUAAGGAAAUAGAAUAAGUCUCCAUUUGUUUCUCUUUACUAACUAAAAGUUUAUUAAUGUCUUAAUGUACAUACUAAGAUGUAGUUGUUUAAAAUUCUACUGACAUAAAUCAACAUAUCCCGUGGCUAUUUGUUAACUUUUUAUCUUAAAAGGAGACUAUUUUUUACCAACAUACCUAAAAUUUAAAGUCUUUUCAAAAUGCACAGAUAUGCUCUGCUCAGAACAUUUUCCACAAAGUGUAUUAGAAAUGUGUUUAUUAUACUUAGAGACAGAAAUGAAUAUAUUAAAUGAAACUGCUUAUUCAUUUUAAAAUUAUUAUUCUAGAGUUUACAUAAAGCUUAAAAAGUUAAGUCAUUUAUACAUACCAUUUUGAGGCUAAUAAAGCAAGAUGAUGUUUGCCAAAUUCCAGAGAUUAUAGCGCAACACAUCUUAAAGGGAACCUUACACUUUGAAAUUCUGACUUUUCAGAACAGGUGGAUAAAGAGUAACUCUGUUGACUAGGUAAACCGCCAUUAUUUAUAUUUAGAAUUGACUUUUUUUUACUUUUAUAAUUCAUUUUAUUCCCAGUAUUAUUAUAUUUGUUAAUAAAUUAUAUUUUCAUUACAACAGUAGCUGUGUUGUUCAGAAGUUGAAUACCAUUUUCCCCUUCCACUUUCUGUGUCCUCCCUAUUCCCUAUAAUUAUUGUAAAUUGAAUUAUGUUUAAAGGCUGCUGCAUUUUACAGAUGUGGAAUGAGUCUGAUUUUCCUUAUGAGCUUAUACUUUAUAUCACUGAUAUCUUUGAAAAAUCUUUGUGAAUAGGUGCAAUGCUCUUCAUAUGUAAUCAUUAUUAAUAAAAAAGUUAAAUGUAACUAAAUUAAACAUA